AAUUAAAACUAAAUUUAUAAAUAAUAGUUCUUAUGUUUGUUCAAUUCGAUAUUACCUUAAUAAAUUAGAAAAAAAACUUGUAAUAGAAUCUUCUUCCUUGAUGCUCGAACAAAUCUUAAUUAUUUCUUCAACAACUAAAAACUUCAAUGAAACUAUAUUUAAAAUAACGUAUGAUGAGCAAAUAAUUAACGAAAAUAUUAAUCGCCUUAAUGAUUACUUAAACUCAAGUCAAAAGGUUAUUUUCAAUCUAAAGGCUAGUGAAGACAUUUCCGUAAUUUCCUUGCAGAUAUUAGAAUCGGUAAUAGAUCUAGAAAAUGAAAUUAAUGAUUGUUUAGCAAGCAUAUUGUUCGUAAAAUCUAAUACAAUACAUCCCUCUAUAAUAACUCUUAAACAUCUAUAUGAAGAACUUUUAUUAUCUAAUCAUAUACGUACCAACAAACACUUAGUUACUCCAGUCACUAUUGAAAAUAUUCAUCAAAUAUUAGACUCAGCUUCUCUUUCUGCUUAUGUAUAUUCUGAUAGACUUGUAUACAUAUUAGAUUUUCCAUUAAUUCAAGGCGAACCUCUCAAUCUCUAUCACAUAUAUUCCAUUCCAAUUCAACAUUUUAAUUCCUCUUUACAUACAACCAUCCUACCUGAGCACAUGUAUCUGGCUACAAAUCCUAGCGGUAAUAUAUACGUAUCUACGAGCGACCUCACUUCAUGCAAGUCCUACGCUAUAAAGAAGAAGAUCUGCACCUCUUUUGUCGCAUAUGAAGCAGCAUCACGUCCAUUAUGUGAGCUCCAGAUCCUGUUAAGCAUUUCAAAAACUUUACCUGAAAUUUGUACCACAUCCACAUUUGAAGCAAGAAUUAACACUUUUCAAAACAUUGACAACAACCAAUGGCUUUAUAUACUUACAGAAGACACUAAUUGUAUACUUCAAUGUAAAACGGAAGUUACACAUCAUAAAUUACAAGGAGCAGGCAUUUUAUCCUUACCGGAAAACUGCAAACUUUAUACUGGGUAUAGUACGCUAACAGCCUUUCAAUCUAUUGAAGAAAAUGUGACAUAUCCUGUAAUAAUUCCAGACAUUAGAACAGACGAUUGCUUUGAAGAAUACAAGAACUUUGAAGCUCCAAACUUAAUUCCUAUUAAAAUUAAUGAAAUGCCUUUGGAUUCACUGAAACAAAUAAAACAUCAUGUCGAUAAAUUUAAGGAAAGCUUAGAAAAUAUGAGAUCUCGACCAAUCUUACAAAGAUAUUCGUCAACGUUUACAUGGAUAUACUUCGUGUUAUUCAUAACAAUGCUAGGAUACUUCAUUUAUAAAAUUAGCAAACGUUGUCCUAAUGGAUUACUCCUGCGUAACCGAAGACCGAGCCGUGAUAAUGGUUGUAUACAAAUAUUUAACAACUGUUUUUCAAACACAUCACGACGUCAGAGAACCCAAGUUGCCGUCCCGAUCACUACUAUAGCAACAAGUACCUGCGUAACGGAAGACGAAGAGGAAAAUGAAGAAAAUUAUCCAAGAACUUCAACACCGAGUGUUCAAAGAUUAAGCUCUCAAGCCCAAUCUUUAUUCUAAGGGGGGAGGUGUUACAUAUAUUAAGAGUACGUGACCUAAGACCAUGUGUCAGCCUACGACCUAAUCAUUAUAAUAUUUGACAUUCCUAUUUGUAUAUUUGUAUUUGUCCAUUUGAUAUCGAAAUCAUUAUAUUGUUUAAUAUUCAUAUUUGUAUAUUUGUUUAUCUCAUACAAGUUUCCAUUAGUAAGUUAUUAUCUGUAUUUGUUGUCACUCUUUCGAUGGAAGUAUUUGACUAUUGUAAUUGUAAAUAGUAAUUAAGAUAUCUCUACUAUAUAUAUGGACGAUUUGUAAUAAUAAAGACAGUUCAAUUCAGAAUACUCUACGAGUCUA